CCUACCUUUGCAUGUCCUAACCUCUUUCUCUCUCUCACUCUCUCUGUGAAUCUCUCUCUCUGAAUCUGUCAAGAGGAGUCUGAACUUUGCAUGGAUGGAUCCCUCUAACCAUCAUCACCAGGAAAUGGGUUCCCAGACACUAGAAAGCAUGUUGGUCUGCCCAAAAUCUCAGCAAGAUAAGAAACCAAGGCCUCCAGAACAACCUCAGAAGUGCCCUAGAUGUGACUCCACCAACACCAAGUUCUGUUACUACAACAACUACAGUCUCUCUCAGCCAAGGUACUUCUGCAAGUCCUGCAGGAGGUACUGGACCAAAGGUGGGACUCUGAGAAAUGUUCCAGUGGGUGGUGGUUGCAGGAAAAACAAGAGAUCCUCAGCAUCAUCAUCUUCAAGAAGGAGUCAAGAUCAACAGCCACUCACACCCAAUCCAAAUCCAUUCUCCAAUCUCUCACCUUUGCCAUAUGACUGCAAUGACCUCAGCCUUGCGUUUGCUAGGCUCCAGAAGCAAACAAGUGGACAAUUAGGGUUUGAUCAUGACCAUGAUUUUUCACUAACCGGUAACCCUAACAACAGUUAUAACACCCAUUGUGAAAUUCUUGGAAACCCCUCUAGUGUGAACACUUCUGCCACAAGUCAUGGCUUCUUUGAUGCCCUAAGGACUGGCUUUCUUGAAACCUCAAGUGGAGUUCACAAUCUGUACUAUGGAAACAUGGUCCAUGGUGAAAAUGGUGGUCUGGGUCUGAAUGUGAGUGAAGAAAUGGCAAUGCCAUGUGAAGAUAUGAGUGGUGCAACAACAGUUACAACAGUGAAGCAAGAGUUAUGCAACAAUGCAAGUGAAGCUGAGAAUAGGGUUUUGUGGGGAUUUCCAUGGCAUCUUGGUGGAGAUGGAAACAUGGGUGAUCUUGAUUCAGGAAGACAGAGUUGGAAUGGUGUUCUUGGUUCAUCUUGGCAUGGUGGACUUCUCAACAGCCCUCUCAUGUAGAAUGAUAAAAUAACCAAGCUUGCAAGGAAGGGAAAAAAAAAAAAAAAAAGAGAGAAAAUUAUAGAAAUUUUGUUCUCUCACCAGACUCAAAUCUUUAUUUUAUUAGUGUUCUGAGUUUUGUAUGUUUAAGAGACUUGAUUUAGUUAACUCAAUCAUCUCUCUUUCUUGCUGUCUCUUUUAAGUUUUAACUUUUCUUCUUGAUCUGUUGGGAAAAAACUGAGGGAAAAAAAGAGAGAAAACAGAUAGAAUUUGUUCUUUCAAAUUUUAUUUUUAUUUUUCUCGGUUUUGAAAGAGACUUGAUUUACCUGAAUCUUCUCUAUUUUGUUGUUGUCUCCUCUAGCUUUCCUUCUUUAUUGAUUGGGAAAACUAAUGAAAUUUUCGAAUUUGUUUCUGACAAAGUAAUCAGGAACAUGCAGUGGUCAGUGG